AUGUCUGUGGUGAGAAGAGCACUGCGAGUUAUCGAACUUCCGGAAAAUGAGCAAGGCACUCGUUGGAGCAAUGAGGACAUCCGUCCAGUGCCGCCCGAGAGGCAGACUUGGGGACCGCUCCAAUUCGUCGAGUUAUGGUGUCUCGUCAAUUUGAAUAUGAGCACUUAUCAAACAGGAUCGGCUCUGUUGGCCUCCGGUUUGACCUACUGGCAAGCCAUCGUCGUGAUCCUGUUGGGUAACUUCCUGGCCAGCUGUUUCGCAGUACUCAACUCGGUUUCGGGUGCUCAAAGCCAUCUCGGCUUUCCAAUUGUAUCGCGAAGUGUCUGGGGCAUGUGGGGUGCCUAUUUCCCCGUGCUCAAUCGAAUCUUGACCUCAAUCACCUGGUAUGGCGUGCAAGCCGUAAUCGGUGGAAAGAUGAUUUACGUUUGUCUACGGUCCAUUUGGAUGAAUCUAGACGAGCGUAUUCCAAACAAACUCCCCGCCGGGAUAGGCAUUACAUCUGCGCAAUUCCUUGGCUACUUUCUCUUCAAUGUUCUGUGCGCCAUCUUCAUCUGGUUCAAACCAGGCCAACUGCGCCCGUACUUCCACGGUGCGUCCGUUGUGGUUGGAAUCACCUUAUUCUGCCUACUCGGCUGGGCAGUUGGAACGAGCGAUGGAUAUGGCAGCGUUUUUAAUGCAAAAACCACCAUAUCAUCCACGGAGCUGGGUUGGCAAAUGACUGGUGGAGUCAUGUCCGUUAUUGGAAGCAUCGCCUCUGGUAUCUUGAAUCAGAAUGAUUUUACCAGGUUUGCAAAGAAACCUAGCCACGUCACCUAUACCCAAGCAUUCUCGUUCAUGAUCACCAGCUCGUGCAUGGCCAUUAUCGGGGUCGUGGUCACAGCCGCCACCCAAAAUCAAUACGGGAAUGGCAAGGCACUUUGGGAUCCAAGCACCUUGUUCAUGGCAAUCCAAGAUCAAAAUGGCUCACGAGGUCGAGCCGCGGCAUUUUUCCUUGGGAUCGUUUUCAUCAUCUCUCAGCUGUCCAUCAACGUUGUUGGAAAUGUUCUCGCUGGUGGUCUUGACGUUGCCAGUGUGUUACCCAAAUAUAUUAAUCUUCGACGCGGGGCAUAUAUCCUCGCAGUCCUUAGCGUGGCUCCGAACCCAUGGCAGCAAAUGGCUUCUGGAGGAGUCUUCUUGUCUGUUCUCUCAGCAUACGCAGUUUUCCUUGGACCCAUGAUCGGCCUGCUCUGCGUCCAUUUUUAUAUCAUUCAAAAGCGCCGCUUUCAUGUCCCCGACUUGUAUGAAGGAUCGAAGAUCUCACUGUAUUGGUACUACUAUGGCACCAACUGGCGCAGUGUCGUGGCAUGGGUUUGUGCUGUGGUCCCAAGUAUGCCGGGAUUCGUAACUUCAGUCAACCCUUCGCUCAAGACGGGAGUUGCCGCUCAUCGUAUCUUUUCACUCUCCUUCGUCCUAGGCUUUUUCAUCGUCGCGUACGUACUUCACUUGGUCUUUCCCUACGAGUAUCCCGUUCAGAAUACGACUCUCGAAUCACUCGUCGAAGGUGAAGAGAUCGCCGCUGAAAGUUCAGAUAAGUCAGGCUCAGAAAACGGCGGGUUGCCGGUUGAGUCGGUACUUGUUUCCGAGCCAAAGGGUCUAUCUGAAAAACCCGUACGGGAAGCUUGA